AUGGAAAGCAAUACUGCGUUGAAUUAUUCGCUGUUAGGGAACAACACAGGGGAAAUACAUACAGACUUCGAGAACGCUGCAGAGACGUUAAAAUGGGGAUUUUGGCUGAAGACCGUCUUAACCCCAAUAAUAGUGUUUGCAGGAAUCAUAGGCAACAUCCUUUCUUUUGUCGUCAUGAAAUCAAAAGCCCUGCGUCAUAAAUCUUACCCGCAGUAUCUGAGUGCCCUCGCCGUCUUUGAUACUCUAACGCUGAUUAUCCGACAAAUACGAUCCAUUGAUGAAUACUUCCGAGAGACCUCCACUUCAGGAGUGAUAUUUCACAACUUCGACGAUGUCGGCUGCAAGAUAUUCAAUUUCACGGAACACAUUUGUUAUCUUAUGUCAUCAUGGCUUAUAGUGUUAAUGGCUUUGGAAAGACUCAUUGCGGUCUGUAUGCCAUUCAAAAAGUUCCUAAUAAGGCGAAGAUCAGGAGCAACAAUGGCUAUUGUCGUGCUGUUUGUUUCCAUGAGUCUUAGUCAGGCAUUUCGCCUUGUUAUGGUUGAACAACUUGAAUCCAGAAACUGUGGAGCAAGUGACAGUUUCCUCGAGCUGUACUCCAAUCUUCAUAUUUACUUCUACCAUAUGACUCUUACGUUUAUUAUACCGGUGACGUUCGUUCUGGUUUGUAACGGACUCGUUCUCUGCCAAAUAUUCAAAAUACGACACGAAAUCAACUCGCGGCACCACCGUGCCAUGCGUAAAACACACCGAACAACAUCUAUGCUUCUGACAGUUUCGUUUACUUACCUCGGGACGUUGUUACCGCUACUGACAUUGUCGCUGACUCUUGACAUGAUUGUGAAAACGAGGGGGCCGGACGCAUAUUCAGUUUAUGUGGCGAUGACACCAUACCUUGACAUUGCUAUUGUGGUGUCUCUUAUAAACUACGCUGCAAAUUUCUUAAUUUACAUUUUGUCAGGAAAGAACUUCAGGUAUGAGCUUAAAAAAUGCUUCUGCAGAAAAAGAACUUAUAUGCGAAGCGUAACAGUUAGAAACAGCAAGGAAACAAAGGAACAAAAUAUUCGUCUGUAA